GGGGCUGGGCAGAAGGGAGUGUACUAGGCGUGGUUGAGAGGUGCCCGUUUUGGACGCCCCCCGAAGAGGCUUCCACAGGGGCUGGCGACUCCGGGAUGGCCGACAUGGAAAGGGGAGCGGCCCCCAACUGCUGGGCGGCCUGCACCGGCUACACGAGGACCCGCAAGGGGAUGAUCCUCAUUGUGGAGAUGAUUUUGUGCGUGGUGAUCCUAAUCUGCUACGGUGCCUCAAGUACAGCCGGCUAUUCCGCACUGGCCGUAUGCGAACUCGUCAUGGCCAUCGUCUUCUUCGUCAUCUUCAUGUGCAAUUUCCACCACCAGCUCAAUUUCAUCAACUGGGCCUGGACCGAUUUCUUUCGCGCUGCCAUCGCCGCCCUGCUCUUCUUAAUCACCUCCCUCAUUGUGAUGAUAAGGAACGGGCACGGCAUGAGCAUCGCCGCCGGGGUGUUUGGGUUCCUGGCUGCAGUGCUCUUUGCGUAUGACGCCUACACUGUCUUCCCUUCUCUAUACAAGAGGCACGCGGCUGCUCCCACAGAGUCUCCAGAUGGAGGAGUAUAGUCCGCCCCAAACUGAGGAUGGAACAGCUCAGCCCAAGCGAGACGGCCAAGUCGCCCACCGAAAUCCCAUCAUCCGAAAACCUGCAUUCGCCCAUCCCAGACUGUUCUGGCUCACUCCUCCCCACCUUCGCCUUUCCCCUCUUCCAGCUCAGGACCGCGUGCCUUAAAAACGGGACCAUGAGUUCCCUUGUUUCCCUGCCCCGGACUAUUUAGUUGGGGGCGCUGGGAUGUCCCCCCUGGAUCCAAAUCCAAAUGCUUCGGUUUUCCCCCUUGAGUCCCAGUCCUGGAGAUAGGCGGUAGGCGACAGAGGCUGGACCGUACAGUGAGGUCUAAGGGGGCCCGUCCUCUCCCGCAACAAACAGGGUAAGGGGGAGGGGGACUGGGAGGAGGAAUAUCCCCACCAGGAACAGCGGGGAGAGGAAUGGGUCACCCGCAGUCACCUAGUGGGAAUCACUCUUCCUUAACUCACGUCCACCAGGCCGUGGUCGGAAUGAAGCGAGAAAGGCAGCGCGCCUCACCCCCGUACAGCGCCCCGGGGCCCCGGUUUUUGCAGCUUGUCUUCCUAUUUCUUAUCGCGGUGAAUAAAUAAACGGAUCUGGGGGC